UCUUCUCGUUAGGUGGACGGACUAUAAUCAUUGCUAGUCAUUGUUAUCAAAGAUGGCGGCAGCCGUGGCACCAAGGGAUGUUAAUACAUAUUUGAGUGAAAAUCAAAAUGUUGCAGACAAAGAAUUGGCUGCUGAAUGGGCCCAACUUGAAGAACUAUAUAAUAAAAGGCUUUGGCAUCAAUUGACACUUAAAUUAGAAACAUUUGUGAAGAAUCCAGCGCUUCUGAAGGGAGAUAAUUUGGUACAACUAUACGUUAACUUUUUAUCUACCUUUGAAAACAAAAUAAAUCCUUUAUCACUGGUAGAAAUAUUAGCAUAUGUAAUACACCAGUUUCAAGAUAAACAGGAAGCAAUUGAAUUUUUGGAAAAAACUGAGCCUAAAGUUAAAAGCAGUAAUGAAGCUGUGGCUCUCUGUAAAGUCCUUGCAGGGCAAAUUUUAUUGGAUAAGUUAAAUAAUCAAGAGCAAACGAAAAAGAUAAUAGAAGAAGUAGAGGCUAUGUUGGAUAAUGCUGACGGUAUUACUACAGUUCAUGGCAGAUUUUAUCUAUUAGCCAGCCGUCUCUAUCGUUUACAAGGAAAGCAUGCAGAAUAUUAUCGCACUGCCCUCAGAUAUUUGGGUUGUAUUGAUUUAAAUACCUUAAGUAAACUAGAACAGGAACAACAUGCAUUUUUUCUUGGUCUGGCAGCACUUUUAGGUGAGGGCGUUUAUAAUCUCGGCGAAUUAUUAGCUCAUCCAGUUUUACAAUCCUUAAAAAAUACACCAAACUCUUGGUUGGUUGAUUUAUUACAAGCUUUUAAUGCUGGUGAUAUUGCUGCAUUGGAAAGAUUAAAACCACAGUGGAGCAAAGUUGCUGAUUUAGCUGCACAGGAAUUAAAAUUAAGGCAAAAGAUUUCUCUUUUAUGCCUUAUGGAAAUGACUUUUAAGCGACAAGCUAAUAACAGGCAGUUAACAUUCGCGGAGAUCUCUCAAGAAACUCGUUUACCUCUUGGUGAAGUAGAAUUAUUAGUAAUGAAAGCUUUAGCUCAAGGUUUGGUUCGAGGUGCUAUCGAUCAAGUAGCAGGAACAGUAAAUAUGACCUGGGUACAGCCUCGCGUAUUGGACCGUAGUCAAAUAGCUGGAAUGGUUCAAAGACUCGAUAUAUGGUGUAAAGAUGUUAGCUCAAUGGAGCGUUUAUUGGAAUCUCGAGCCUCCGAGAUUCUUACUCUUUAAUAUUAGGUUUGACAUUCUUUCAUCGAUUCAUUUGUGAAUGUAAAAAGAAAUACAAAUUGGUUUUGAACAUAACAUCCCAAGAAAAACAACUUCUUACAAGUUUUAACGUUACGCAUAAAGUAAUCAUUUGAAUUUUGCUUUUUUGUUCACAAACUUUGUACUAUGAUUGAAAUAUUUUUCGCGUUUCUCUAUUUAAUUGUGCAUUUAUACUUAAAAUAUCAAUAAUUUUGUAUACAUACGCAUACUAUUUCUGUAUAUCAUAUAAUAAAAUCAUGACGUAUAAAUAUUGGUUUCUACAUAAAGAAAUGAGAAAAAAAAUUUCUUUCAAAUUGUCUUUUUUGAUUCGUGUUUUUUUAAUUUGUUUAGUCCUUUAAAAAUGUACUUUACUCUUUUAGUGACGGUUGUGUAUCAUAUUCCAGUAAUAAAAUAUAAUACAAGAAUACAUAAAA